CUGAUGCUUAUUCUACCAAAGGGAUUCCUCCUCAAACCGAAAUUAAUAAUUUAUUCAUAGGCUCAAGUCACUUAGCCUGCAUUGAUCUAGCAAGGCUGUCUUUCUUUCCCUUUCAUUCAUAAGCGUUUAAGUUCCAGAUUUCUCCAAGCAGCAGCUGCUGCUGCAGCUGUGAUAGGAUGCAAACGUGCAUCUAUGCACAAGGACAGGCUACGUACGACUUAAUUGAGGCGAGCCGGGUGAUUGUCCUUAUCACUGGAAAACUGCCUGCGAUCCCAACAUGACAUGUCAGCGAGGUUUCGCCUCUCAUCCGCAGCUUCCUCUCCACUUUGUCAGCAAGCUUCUGCUCGGCUGGAUGUAGUCUGGCUGUUCGCGCAACAAAAGCUUCUAUGCAGUACGGCACUGAAUGAAUUGGGGGAACUCUCUGUCUCUGGUGGGUGUUCAUUGUCCCUUGUGUCAGCAUCCCCCCCACCCUGCAACUAGAGCGACUGUCCCUCCGAGAAGAUUCACUUGCCUGAUAACUGCUCUCCUUGUCAACUCUUCCUUUAAUUCCUGUCCUCCUAGUCUUGUUUUAUUAUAUAUUAUACGCUUGGUCCAUCUCGCCCAAGUUCCCCCUUUUUUUUUCCUUUUUCCUAUUUGUCAGCACUUUUCCAUUAAUGCCUGUUCUUGCUCCAGUGAAGCAGCACUAGACUUGAUAUGGGAUGAAGGCUGGAUGUUGCCGGCAACAUAAAGGAGACCUGGAGGCAGCUUCCCAUUUGUAAAGUGAGCAGUAAUUGUGAGAGGACAGACUGCACAGUUGGAAUCAAUAGUCUGCUUUCUUGCAGCUAAGAGCACUCCAGUCUCGCAGUAGGUCAGGGAAGUAACUCCAGUGCACUGCUGACUGCAGAGUUGUAGAGGAGUAGAAGGCACGAGGCUGCAGUGCUGGUACAUCACGCUUCCUGUUACCAAGGACACAACUUUUCAAGUCAUCACAGGCUUCUCCUCAUACUCUUACACCAGAAUCCCGGGGACCGCUCUAGGAUGGAUGAUCAAUGAUCAGCACUGAUUCCUUCCAAACUGCUCCUCUAAGGUGAAAUAGAUUCUCUGCCCGUGCUUUCAUUUUACUGUACAAACCUCUAAAGACAUGAGACAAGGAGCCAUGCAAGGCAUUUUCACUUUUCCUCUAGCUUUUGGGAUCUUUUUCUUUUUCUUCUGGAUAGCUUUGCAUACGACGCUAAAGCCAGCGAUUGGAUCGGAACAGCAGAUCCCCUUAUCUAUGGUGAAGCUUUGGGCCUCGGCGUUUGGUGGGGAGAUCAAAUCCAUAGCUGCUAAGUACUCAGGUUCCCAGCUUCUGCAGAAGAAAUACAAAGAAUUUGAGAAAGAAGUCUCUAUAGAAGAAAUCGAUGGACUUCAUCUUGUAAAAAAACUUGCAAAGGAUAUGGAAGAAAUGUUCCACAAAAAGGCUGAGGCGGUCCGGAGGCUGGUUGAAGCAGCAGAAGAAGCACAUUUAAAGCAUGAAUUUGAUGCGGAUCUACAGUAUGAAUAUUUCAAUGCGGUUCUUAUAAACGAAAAGGAUGAAGAUGGCAAUUUUGUCGAGCUAGGAAAGGAGUUUUUGUUGCUACCCAACGACCAUUUUAAUAAUUUACCUGUCAAUGUCACUCUAAGUGAUGUCCAAGUGCCAACUAAUGUUUACAACAAAGAUCCUGAAAUUAUGAAUGGAAUUUACUGGUCGGAAUCAUUAAACAAGGUGUUUGUUGACAACUUUGAUCGUGAUCCAUCCCUCAUUUGGCAAUAUUUUGGAAGUGCAAAAGGUUUUUUUCGUCAGUAUCCAGGCAUUAAAUGGGAGCCAGAUGAUAACGGAGUUAUUGCAUUUGACUGCAGAAACCGAAAAUGGUAUAUUCAAGCAGCUACCUCUCCGAAAGACGUAGUGAUUUUAGUUGAUGUCAGUGGGAGCAUGAAAGGCCUGCGUCUGACAAUUGCAAAGCAGACUGCAUCCUCGAUUCUGGACACCCUUGGAGAUGAUGACUUCUUCAACAUAAUUGCUUAUAAUGAAGACAUUCAAUAUGUAGAGCCUUGCCUGAACGGAACUUUAGUGCAAGCUGACAGAAACAACAAAGAGCAUUUCAGGGAACAUUUGGACAAACUUUCUGCAAAGGGAAUUGGAAUGUUGGACAAUGCGUUGAAUGGAGCCUUUGAUUUGUUGAGUGAAUUCAACCACACAGGAGAAGGAAGCAUCUGCAGUCAAGCAAUCAUGCUCAUCGCUGAUGGGGCUGUCGACACGUAUGAUACAAUAUUUGCCAAGUACAACUGGCCUGACCGGAAGGUCCGAAUAUUCACAUACUUGAUUGGAAGAGAAGUUGCCUUUGCAGAUAACCUAAAAUGGAUGGCUUGUGCCAACAAGGGCUUUUUUACCCAAAUAUCCACAUUAGCCGAUGUACAGGAGAAUGUAAUGGCGUACCUCCACGUUUUAAGCAGACCCAAAGUAAUUGAUCAGGAGCAUGAUGUAGUAUGGACAGAAGCCUAUGUCGAUAACACGCUCCCUCAGGCCCAAAAGCUUGCCGAUGAUCAGGGAUUGGUUUUGAUGACAACUGUUGCAAUGCCUGUGUUUAGUAAAGAGAAUGAAACGAGAUCAAAGGGGGUUCUCCUAGGUGUGGUUGGCACAGAUGUUCCAGUGAAAGAACUUUUAAAGGCCAUUCCCAAAUACAAGCUGGGAAUCCAUGGGUAUGCAUUUGCUAUUACCAACAAUGGUUAUAUCCUGACUCACCCUGAACUGCGGCCUUUGUACGAAGAAGGGAAAAACCGAAGAAGGAAACCGAAAUACAGCAGUGUGGAUUUAUCAGAAGUGGAGUGGGAAGAUCGAGAUGAUGUGCUGAGAAACGCCAUGGUGAACAGAAAGACUGGAAAAUUUUCGAUGGAGGUCAAGAAGACUGUAGACAAAGGGAGACGGGUCUUGGUGAUGACAAAUGACUACUACUACACUGACAUCAAGGGGACCCCAUUUAGCUUAGGAGUCGUUCUGUCAAGAGGGCAUGGCAAAUAUUUCUUCAGGGGAAAUGUGUCUGUAGAAGAUGGUUUACAUGAUCUAGAACACCCUGAUGUUUCAUUGGCUGAUGAGUGGACAUAUUGCAACAUAGAUCUGCAUCCAGAACACCGUCACCUCACUCAGUUAAAAGCAAUAAAAAAAUACCUCACAGGAAAAGAGCCAUCAUUGGAAUGUGACAAAGAGCUAAUACAAGAGGUUUUGUUUGAUGCUGUGGUCAGUGCUCCAUUGGAGGCUUAUUGGACCAGCCUUGCACUGAACAAAUCAGAAAACUCAGACAAGGAUGUGGAGAUUGCUUUCCUUGGUACACGCACAGGACUGACCCGUGUGAACCUGUUUGUGGGUCCAGAGCAGCUAACUUACAAAGAUUUCCUUACGUCUGACGACAGAGAGAGUAUAUACAAUGCUGAUCACUUUCCCCUGUGGUACCGUAGAGCAGCUGAGCAGAUUCCUGGUAGCUUUGUCUACUCCAUCCCUUUCAGUACAGGAACUGUAAACAGAAGCACAGUUGUAACAGCUAGCACAGCAAUCCAACUCCUUGAUGACCGGAAAUCUCCUGUGGUAGCAGCUGUCGGAAUCCAAAUGAAGCUCGAAUUUUUCCAAAGAAAAUUUUCGAUUGCCAGCAGACAGUGUGCAUCUUUAGAUGGCAAGUGUUCCAGAACUUGUGAUGAUGAUGAACUGAACUGUUAUCUCAUUGACAAUAAUGGCUUCAUCUUGGUGUCUGAAGAUUAUAAACAGACGUGACCUAAUUUUGGUGAUGUUUGUGGUCUCUUGGUAAAUACCCCAUUGACCGUUUUCAGUUUUGUGAGAAUAACCCUAUAUGACUACCAAGCCAUGUGCAGAACAAAUAAGGAGAGCAGUGACAGCGCCCACAGUUUAUUGGAUCCUUAUCAUGCCUUCUUUGCUGCAGCAAAAUGGAUAAUGACAGAGCUUAUCCUGUUUCUUGUAGAAUUUAAUCUAUGCAGUUGGUGGAAUUCAGGCCAUUCUGUGAAAGCUCAAAGGCUAAAGCAGACCCUGGAGCCCUGCGACACAGAGUAUCCAGCUUUUGUCUCUGAACGCACCAUAAAAGAAACUACAGGCACCAUAGCCUGCGAUGACUGCUUCAAGUCAUUUGUGAUCCAGCAGAUCCCUAGCAGUAAUCUCUUCAUGGUUGUGGUGGACAACGUCUGCAGUUGCAGUUCUGUCGCUCCAAUCACUAUGACUCCUAUUGAAAUUAGAUAUAAUGAAUCCCUGAAAUGUGAACGUUUAAAAUCUCAGAAGAUACGGAGACGUCCAGAAUCUUGUCAUGGAUUUCAUCCAGAAGAGAAUGCCAGAGAAUGUGGUGGAGCCUUCGGCCUUUCAUCCCAGCCCAUGACAAUGCUGCUAUCUCUUCUAAUGGUCUAUAUCUCCAGGUGACCCUGACUGCACUGACCCCAUGGCAUGCCACAUAUUUGGAUAAACUGUGAACUGAGAGGAAUGGUGCAAUAU